AUUGACUGACGUAUCCCUUUGAUGACAGUGUUUAGCAUCGUGUCGUGUAAUUCUUAUUUAAAGUUAAGAAAAAUACCUCAAAAUGAGUCUGGAAAUUGAAUCCAUGGUGCGCUACACGUCUCCUAUCAACCCGGCAGUUUUCCCGCAUCUUACUCUUCUCCUCCUCGGUAUCGGCAUUUUCUUCACUGCCUGGUUCUUUGUAUACGAAGUUACUAGCACUAAAGUGUCGAGGGAUCUGUUCAAAGAAUUGUUAUUGUCGCUGGUCGCCUCCCUAUUUUCCGGCUUCGGGAUUCUUUUCUUACUACUAUGGGUGGGAAUUUACGUGUAAUAUUGUAAAGAAAGUUAGUUUGUAAGCUAUGUACAGCAUUCCGAGAGUGUGUCACGAAAUUGAUUCUGUUCAACCUAAUACUUGUUUGUAUUCAUAAAGUUUAUAUUUAAGAAAA